UACACUUCUUAUGAUCCCAUAACAAAGGAUACCUCUUCCAAGUUCAGUCUGUUUGCUGCCAUAUUCAUUGCAGCAUACGAAUCCUAUGGCGAAUCUCCCUAAUCUCCGACGUCUGUUUGUCGAGGCCCGCACCGAGGCCGAAGAGAACGAGCACUCCAGAACUGCGUUCUACAACCUUGUCCUCUUUAUCUCUUCGGUCGCUGUCUUCAGCUUGGUGGCUCAACGAAUGGGCGGAACGAAGUCGGGAAAAUGAACAAUAAACGCAAAGGAAAUGCCAGUGGUAUCUCAUACAGCUCAUACUCUUAAACACCUUGA